UGCUCAUUGAGGGAAACCUUGUUUUUUAACUGUGCUAUGGAGUAGAAGCAGGAGGUUUUCAACCUAGUGACAGUCACAGAGCAGCACCUACCCCCUCCUCCUUUCCACACCUGCAAACUCUUUUGCUUGGGCUGAAUAUUUAGUGUAAUUACAUCUCAGCUUUGAGGGUUCCUGUGGCAAAUACCCGGAUUAAAAGUUUUCCAGAUUGUGGAAAUACAUGCAAUAAAUCAUGAAGGCAACUAUCAUCUUCCUCCUGCUUGCACAAGUCUCCUGGGCCGGACCAUUUCAACAGAGAGGCUUAUUUGACUUCAUGCUAGAAGAUGAGGCUUCUGGGAUAGGUCCUGAUGACCGUGUCCCGGCUCCAGAUCCAAAUCUACCAGACGAAAGGGAGGUCUGGGCACUUAUGUGUCCCUUUCGCUGCCAAUGCCAUCUCCGAGUGGUACAGUGUUCUGAUUUGGGUUUGGAAAAAGUGCCCAUGGACCUUCCCCCUGACACAACCCUGCUGGAUCUGCAAAACAACAAAAUAACUGAAAUCAAAGAUGGGGACUUUAAGAACCUGAAGAAUCUUCACACUUUGAUCCUUGUCAACAACAAAAUCAAUAAAAUCAGCCCUGGAGCAUUUACACCUCUGGUGAAGCUGGAGCGACUUUAUCUGUCUAAGAACCAUCUGAAGGAAUUGCCAGAAAAGAUGCCCAAAACUCUGCAGGAGCUUCGCGCCCAUGAGAAUGAGAUCAGCAAAGUGCGAAAAUCUGUGUUCAAUGGACUAAACCACAUGAUUGUCAUAGAACUGGGAACCAACCCACUGAAAAGCUCUGGAAUUGAAAAUGGAGCAUUCCAGGGAAUGAAGAGGCUGUCCUACAUCCGCAUCGCGGACACCAACAUAAACACUAUCCCUCAAGGUCUCCCUUCUUCCCUUACUGAACUGCAUCUUGAUGGGAACAAAAUCACCAAAGUUGACGCAGCUAGCCUGAAAGGAAUGAACAAUUUGGCUAAAUUGGGGCUGAGUUUCAACAGCAUCUCUACUGUGGACAAUGCCACUCUGGCCAACAUUCCUCACCUGAGAGAGCUCCACUUGGACAACAACAAACUCAUCAGAGUACCUGGUGGGCUGGCAGAACAUAAAUUCAUCCAGGUUGUUUCCCUUCAUAACAACAACAUCUCUGAGGUUGGAGAAAAUGACUUCUGCCCACGGCGAUAUAAUACGAAAAGGGCUUCUUACUCUGGUGUGAGUCUUUUCAGCAAUCCACUUCGGUACUGGGAUAUCCCGCCAACCACCUUCCGAUGUGUCUACGUGAGCUCAGCCAUUCAGCUUGGAAACUACAAAUAACUCCCAAGGAGCCUCAUUUUUAUACUCUGGCAAAUAUCUUUCAAUGUCAGUGCUAAAAAGGGAAAAGAAAAAAAAAAAAAAAAAAAAAAAAAGAAAGCUAGUUCCUGAAAACUCAAGUGCAUUGUGGGUGUGUGUUCCCACAUGACCUAUUAUGCAUCGAAACAAAUAUGCAGAUUAAAUAAUUGCCUGCAAUAAAGUAUUUUGCCUGUCAUA